AUGAUAAAUAUUGGAAUAAAAGUGUUUGAAAACAAAGGUUUAAGAUAUGUAUUGAAAGUACCCUUCUGCACUUCUCGAUCAUAUGUACGCCAACAGGUCGAUCAGGAUCUGAAAAUUAAAGAAUACGCUCAAAAUGAUGAUUAUCCGAUUGAUGAAGAAAAAUUUGCUGUACUAACAACGACAUCAGAUGAAAGUUUAACAUCUUUGUCAACUCAACUGAAAGAUAAUUUUGCUGGUCCGUUAAUUUCCGAACGAGAAUACUUUGUUGAUCAAACAACAAGUACAAUAAAAAAUUCAACUAUAUCUUCACUAGAUGGUACUAUAGAUACAAUUACCAGCAUUAAAGCGGUCGAAGAUCAUUCAUCUGUUUUAUUGUAUUCGGCCAAUACUGUUGAUCUAUUUGACCAUUCGACACCACAGGAACAAGGUAAACAAACACGCAGAGAUUUAACUGAUGUUUCUGUUACGGAUCAGCAAGGCUCAAUAAAUGUAACGCGUAUUGACAAUGUUGAUUACACUUCUGCGCUGAAUGAAGCAACUUUAACAAAUGAUGAAUUAGUAACAGAUAAUCAAAAUUUAACCUCACCAUUCAGUUCGUUUUAUGACUAUAAUACGACAGACGUGCAAGAACAAUACUCAAAUAUUUCAGCUACGUUUGAUAACAUUACUGUGACCAAUAUUAAUGAUACAUUUCGUACUACCCCUGAGUACACGGAAUAUAGUGAACACACUAAACUCAAUGAUCAAGAUUUUUCUUCAUUUUUCAUAACUGAUGAUGAAUCGAGCCCUUCAACUGCUGAUGAUAAAUCACGUUCGAUCGUUAUAUUUAGUGGCAAAGCGGAUAUUUCUGAUUUAACAACAUUUACUGAUAGCGAAUAUCGAACAACAUUGCCUGAUGUUGGUGUUGACGAAUUAACAACAAAAUUCGAAGAAACAUUAAUAUUGGAUGAUAUUUGUCGUGCAAAUCCUGACUCAUGUUCAUGGGUAAAUUCAUACGAUACGGAUGAAACUGAUUCACUUUUACCACAAACCAAAUGGAAAAAAACAGUCUCAUUUUCAUCUGCUGCACCAAUUAAAAGACCGGCAGUGAAAUUAAAAUAUACGAAAUCAAUUAAUAUCAAAACAAAUGGUUGUUUAAAAUUUUCAAUAUGGACAAAGGGAAAUCUUAGAAACAGUCAAUUUUGGAUUGAAGAGCUAUCGACAAGAAAUGGUUAUGAAGAAGUUUUAAUCAGAAAAAUACGCUUUUCACUUAUAUUUAAAAAUGAGACAGACUGGACACACAUUCAACAUACAAUAACAAAAAAUAUAUUCCCACAAAAAACACUAAUGUUAAAAUUCAGAAUUAAAUUCACAGACCCAUUUGUUGAUAGUUUAGCGAUUUCAAAUUUCAAAUUAGACUUGACAAAAGAAUGUUCAAAUGAGUCUGGUCUGUUGACUACCCAAAAUUAUCGACAUAAUGUAACUACAACAACGAAAUCGACUCCUUUUCCUCGUUAUGCAACAAUUAGUGAUGCUAGACGAGGAACAACAACCAAAUCGUCUCCUUUACCUCGUUAUACAACAACUAAUGAUUCUAGACGAAGAAUAACAACCAAAUCGUCUCCUUUUCCUCGUUAUACAACAACUAGUGAUGCUAGACGAAGAACAACAGUAAAUCGUUCAACGAUUGUUCAACAUCCUUUAACUGUUUCAUUGUUCGAUGAAACCGAAGGUUCUGUAACAGCUUCAUCAUUUGAUGCAACUGAAGGUUUUGUAACGGUUUCAUCAUUUGAUGAAACUGAAGGUUCUGGUUUAACAUCAAAUAUGUUCCCUACGGAAUAUGUUAAAAUCACUACUAACGAUGAAACAAGUGCUGUGAUAAUGAAUAAUGAUACUAUUUAUACUACUGAUGAUUUUUCAUCAUUCGCAAAUACAAUAGAUGGUAGUAGUUCUGAGAUAGACAGUACCGUUAGUUUUUUAACUACAUUUGAAACAAUUAUUGAUACAUCAUCAUCAGCAUCAUCUAUACAAGAGGACUCAUUUUCCACAGUUUCUUCUGAAAUAAAAACAAGUAAACCAGCUAUUUCUUCUAAUAAAUCACAUCAUCGUUCAUCAUUAUUACUCGUAUUUCCACUUGAAAUGCGUGUAGGAAAUCGUCUUAUUAUUAUUAUAUCAACAUUAUGUUUAUCACUUAUCUGUUGUACAACUUUAUUUGCCGUAUGCGCUCUACGUCGUCGUCGAUCUGGCGUAUGGAACGUACGUUUUGAUUCACCAAUACAAUUGAUUCGUAAAAUAUCUUUACAUUCAUUACCGUUGAAACAAAUAAGUCGACAAGCUUCGUCAAUUGUACAACAGCCAAAAAGUACAAUUUUAACAGCUGUUAGUACAAUUUACGGCAAAGAUGUAUCAGCACGUUACGAAGUGAACAGUACACCAUCAUUAUCAACAUCAUCAUUAUUGAGCCAAACGUCAAAACUGUCAGAUAGUUCAGCUUCAUCUUAUUAUACUUACUUGUGA